GGAUAUUUUCCAAUUAACCUACAGCACAGGUACAAAACGACCGCUUCUUCGACAGGAAAUAUCGAUAAACAUAUUAUAUAUCCCUAUAAUCGUUCACAUGCAUACGUAUGGAUCAGUGUUUGACGCGUAGUCAUCGUGACGGAACAUUGUCAAUACGAGCGAAUUAUCAACAAUGGUGGACCUCACAAAUAUAUCCCAAAAUAAAAUAAAGAAUCUUACAACUGGCGAGGUCGUUCCGCUGGAAAGUCUUUGGAAGGACCAGACUGUGGUAAUUGUCUUCUUCAGACGCUGGGGAUGCAUGCUAUGCAGAGUGUGGGCAAAAGAGGUGUCCGCAAUUGCAGAUCUCCUCAAGGAACACAAUGUGAAAUUGAUUGGCGUUGGGGUGGAGGACUUUGAUAGCCAAGAAUUUGUGGACGGGAAAUUUUUCAAAGGAGAACUCUACGUGGACAUUGAUAAGAAGACCUAUGCCGGUCUUGGGUUUAAGCGCUACAAUUACUUCUCUGUUAUUGCUUCGCUGUUUAGCGGCGAAUCAAGGGCUGCUAUUAAUAAAGGCAGGGAAUUGAAAGUAUCUGGAAACUAUAAAGGAGAUGGAUUACAGAAUGGUGGGGCCCUAGUUGUUAAAGAAGGGGGCAAACUGCUUUACUCCUUCAAGCAAGAUGGCCCUGCACAGCACGUUAAAAAUUCCAAGUUUCUCGAAGUCCUUGGAAUUCCAAUUCCAGCUAAUAUUGAUGAAAAGACUGGUUGAUCUAACACUAUACGUUCACACAAACAAUUUAUCAGUCAUUUCAUGUCCAACUGUAUUGCACGCUGAACUGUUGAUUUUGAAUUGUUCAACUUCCACGUAACUUUGUAGAAAGGGGAAAGAUGUUUUAGUUUAGCGGGACAAUACAGUUUGUUAUGCAAUGAUCUGCAGUAAUGUUAUUUAUAAGAAAGAAAUUUAUAAUCAGCGUGGCCAGAGGUUGUUAUGAACAAAAAAAUGAAAUUCUAUAACCGUUUUAAACUUAUACGCACAAUAUUGUAUUUUAAAAACAAAAUAAUAUUAUAAAAAUACAAAUCCAUGGUAACGUCA